AAUGGGGGUAGUCAGGGAGACCAAAGAAGACAAUAUAAUACAUACUCAAGUUUGAUAGCUUAUCACUCUAUAACUCUGCAUCUUUUUCCCAGACCAGGUCCACAAGUCCUGACCUCAUCCUACGAACUAGUUGGGCUUCUGAUGCAAUACCCCAGCGGAGGAAUCAAAUCUAUACCAAUAGGACGGCAGAGGUUUGCCUUGUUGCCUGGAUACGAACGCGGAGGGUGGCGCAUUCAGGAGUCCUUCUCCUGACUGAAACUGGCUUUUCGACGGCGGACAUUGUGGCUCUGGAUAUUAACUGUCACCGAGGAAUGACCUUCCUCCCCGCUUGAGCCGGAAUGUCGCCGGUUUCCUCGACGCUGGUAAAGAAGCAGUGGAUGUGAAAACAGCGCCAUUUCUGUCGGCGUCCAUGAUACGCGAUGCUACCGCAGCGGAUUCCAGAGCUCGAGCUCGGAACGGCAGCGGGAGAGAAGUAGCCGCUCCCCUUUCGCUGCUCCUCUCUACUUCAGCCCACGGCAGGUUGUGCCGUUGAAGUAAGACGUAGCCGCAAAAUGGACCCCUCCGACUGAGACGCAAACACAUCCUGUGUUUUGCUCAGCAGCUGAGAUCUAUCAGCAGCAUAAGCCAUGCCUGACGAGUAAAAUCCCCCUUUUGCUCAAAGCAAUAAUAAAAAAAAAAACAUCCUACAUGCCUCCCCAUGUAGAGCCCCUUCAGUGCGUCCUGCUGGAGUGACUGCCCCCUCUUCCCAAGGUUCUGCCUCGUCCUCUCUCUGUACCCUUCUCCACCGACCACCCUACAGUAACUACCCAUCACAAUGCUGCUCCAAAUGAGAAUGGCCAACACCUGAGGUCCCAUGCGUCCAGUGAGCACCGAUUCCGACGGUCCUGCUCCUCCUGAAAACCUCUCUUGCCCCUACCCCCUCGUGGGCCCCCUGCCUGCCUCAGAGAUGUCCCUGCUCCAGUCGCUGGGUCCAGUACAAAGCUGGCUUGGCCAGGAGCUUGAGAAGUGCGGGAUUGAUGCCAUGAUUUAUACCCGCUACGUUCUCAGCCUUCUCCUGCAUGACAGUUACGACUACGACCUGCAGGACCAGGAAAAUGACAUCUUCUUGGGCUGGGAGAAGGGAACUGGGAAGAAAUGGGGCAAGAGUAAGAAGAAAGGAGGGACUGACCUGAGUCUUGAGGAAAUGAAGAAGCAAGCUGCUGUGCAAUGCCUCCGCUCUGCAUCUGAUGAAAACUCUGGAAUUGAGAGCUUGGUUGAAGAGCUUUGCUCUAAACUAAAGGACAUCCAAAACAAACAGAAAGAGGAAAAACAGAUCCAAAAGAAAUCUGAUGGCUCUCAGUCUCCAGAGCGAGCUGAGUCCCCCUCUUCAAAGGACCAGGUGGAAAUGUAUUAUGAAGCCUUUCCUCCUUUGUCAGAAAAACCUGUUUGUCUCCAAGAGAUCAUGACGGUGUGGAACAAGGCUAAGGCCUGCACAUACUCCAGUUCAUCCUCUGCAGCCCCACAGACCAGCACAGACACCUCUUCCCCAAAAGAUUGCAACAGUGAAGGCGAGGCCGCUAAGGAGCGAAACCUUGAAGCAUGUGGUGCCAUCACUACUGUGACCAACGAGAGAGGCCAGCAACGACGGAGCAAGAAGGAGAAAGAAAAUCGAUACCAUGGUGGUGCAGCAGCAGAGGAGAAAUCUACCGUCCACUCAAAGAGACAGACAAGGCACAGAUCAGAGGGCAAAUACAGGCCCAGGUCCUGGUCUUCUGGCUCUAGUGAGGCGGGCUCAAGCUCAAGUGGGAACCAGGGUGACAUGAAGUCAUCCAGAAGCAAGGUUAGACUAAGGCACAAAUCCAGGGAGGCUGCAAAGACUAAGAGAACACGCAACAGCGGGCAGGUAAAGCUGCAGAUGAAGGUCAUCGACAAAGAGGAGCGAAGAAACGCAGGAGGGAGCAGUAGCAGCGCCACCGGGGGCGCUGCCAAACAACCACAGCUUUACAAAAAGGGGAAGAGACCUCUGAAGGAGAUUCGUAAAGAUCCAGGCUGGAAGGAGGCAAAAGAGGCGGGAGUUGAGGCCAGAAACAAAAAGGAAUACAUGGAGGAGCCACUUUGGUACACUGAGCCCAUCACAGAGUAUUUUGUACCUUUCAGCAGCAGACAAAGCAAGCUGGAAACAAAAUAUCGCAACAAGGUAGACUCUCCUGACGGCUUUUCUUUGUCAACCGACAUGGAGAGGCUGCCGGAGAGAAUCCAGGGAAUCUGCAUUGCCAAUGAGAGCUACCAGAGAGCAUACCUAGCAGCGGGCUCGUUUGUGGAUGGGCACUUUGUGGAAGGGCCUGAAGAAGCAGAAGAUGAAACUGUUGAACUCACUGGGACCUCAAGCUGCCCUCAGCCAGAGGAUGGUAGAGAUUUAGAUGACAAGCAUCUGUCUGAAUUCACUCACUUCUAUGAAGUUGAUAUUUAUCAAUCCAUAUUGGAUACUAGUGCCUCAGACUCUAUACAAGAGAGUCGGAUCUUAAGCAUGAUUCGACAAAAAAGCAAAGAGCAAAGAGACGUUGAGGCAGAAUGUUGUUUAGUGUUAGAUGGCCUUGAGCAGCAAGGGAAAAGUGCAAUACGGGCAGACUCGCAGGACGCUUCGGGAUCUGUUGGAUUCUUAAUGGAGGAUCUAGAAAACAUGGCUCAAGUGUGGGGGUGUUAUUCACCAUCUACUUCAGAAGAUAUAGAUGGAGAAAGCUUUGUAGGAGACUCUCCCAUUCGACUCUCCCCCCUUCUUGAUAGUGUUUCAUUCACCCUGAGCAAACUAUCUGGAAAUCUGGAGGAGCCACCUGUCCCUGAAGCCACCAGUGAACCAUCUGGUUUGAACUCAUCCUGCUUCUCUCUUUUCGAGUUGCAGUAUGACAGCCCCACUUUUCCUUUUCCCCGCGACUCACUCACUGUUGGUCAUGAAAACAACACGGAUUCUAGUAGCUGUCUCGACCCACAUUCUAAUAAACAGUCUCGUUUGCUAAUAUGGACCAAAAAUAGUGCCUUUGACGAAACUGAACACUGUUCAAACCUUUCAACACGAACUUGCAGUCCGUGGUCCCAUUCAGAGGAGACUCGUUCAGACAACGAGCAAGGAAAUGUUCCAACAGAGGAUGCUGCUCAAAUUGGCAACGAAGAGAUUGAUUGUAUAAUCCCUCCUCUCUCUGGUACAUAUCUGGAGGAUGAAAUCUUGGAUUUUUUGCAAGAAAACUCUGGCCGUAAGUGUGAGGAGGUCAGUGUCAGUACGGCAACCAAUCAGACCUUCACCAAAAAAUCUAAAUUGGAGUCCAUUUGUGGUAUCGCAUUGGAAGAGGAUGAGAGUAAACAGUACAGCACUGGCAUGUUUUCGGACAACGCAAACCAACACAGUGAUGACUACAGCUCAGGGAUAAUAAAGGACAUUUGGACUGCAAUAGGAGAUGACAAAUCUGUAAUGUCAAAGCAAGGAGCAGAGAAACCAAGCGAGGGGCUUUUCUCAGAUGAGUCAGGCAGUUACUGCUGCAGCUGUCUGGAAGUGCAGGCAAAAGGAGUUCCAAUUCAGGGACCUCAGAAAAAAGCAGUCCAGCGGUCCGAGUAUCACCUUUGGGAAGGCAAGAAAGACGAACAGGACUUAGCCAAAAACAAACUCUCCAAGGUAGAUGGUGCCGGGGAUUACAUGACUCCGUCCAAACCCUGGGACUUGAGCUCUGACAAGGAGAGUACAUCAUUCAUCCUAGGAGGGGUGUAUGGAGAGCUGAAGACACUAAGUGGUGAUAAGAAUUGGGCUGUUGUGCCGCCAAGUGACACCCAAGAUAGCCUGCUACAGUGUGCGGCCGUGGCUGCAUCUGCGUCCAGCUCGGAUAUGCUUACCAUCACUGGUACAGAUGUGUUCAUGAACACUGGCAGCUGCUUUGCCCCUGGGCACAGGCCCCUGUGGAGGCCUCUUGUGUCCUUUGGGCAGAGUGACCAGGCCAAUAAAGGAGGCGGAGAUGGAUUGAAUAAGGGAUUUUCUUUCAUCUUCCAUGAAGAUUUGCUUGGAUCUUACGGAGGCUUGCGUAGUGAGGAGCAAGGUUUAGAAUACCCGUUUGCAUCCUUCAACCUGAACAAUCCCUUCUCUCAAGUCCUCCACGUUGAGUGUUCUUUCGAGCCUGAGGACAUGGCUUCAUUUAGUCCGGGGUUCAAGCCCAAAUCCAUUCUUUGCUCGGACUCUGAGAAUGAAGCCUUCCAUCCACGAAUAUAUGGCAUCAACCGGACGCAGUACAGGGCCAUUCGCAUUUCCCCCAGGACUCAUUUCCGACCAAUAUCGGCCUCAGAGUUGUCUCCCGGCGGAGUGAGCGAUUCGGAGGCCGAGACCGACAAAGAGGAGAUGAGUUUUCCCGUCCUGGCGCCGGUGGACGUCUUUGAGGAUCCUCAGGCAGAUCUCAAACCUCUGGAGGAGGAUGCAGAAUGCGAGGGCCCUUAUUACGGGAAGUCAGAACUGGAAUCUGGUAAAUUCUUACCCAGAUUAAAGAAGUCUGGCAUGGAGAAAAGUGCCCAGACAUCUCUGGAUUCACAGGAGGGCUCCAGUACCCUCCUGCCAAUUGCUGAGCAAGAGAUUUGCUUAGACUGCAAAACGGCAGCAGCUGAAUCGACUGCAGGUGGACAGACCGACGUCUCAGUCGGCAAGAUUCAAAAGGAGGAAUCUUCAGGAGAAAAGCAGUCCUGCUUAUCUGCACCGACGGGUCAGAUCCCCAAGUAUGGGAUUGCUUAUGACUUUGUUGGGGAUGUGCCAGAGUUCCCUCUGUUAAAUAUAAGUGGACAGGGAGGAACUGGCAACCAGCAGGACGAGUGCUGGUGGCAGAACACGCUCUGUUCCCCCAUAUUCCCUGGAUCUCAGUGUACAGGGAGCAGCAACAUUUGAAUACUCCAGUUUUGCAGAAGACGCCUGUCAUAGAGAGGAAACCUUCCUCUCCCUUUGUGACUGGACCUCUACCAGCAAAGAUUCAGGGUCAUCUCAGAGCUGGAAAACCUAAUGUAGGCUAAUUUUCUGACACACCCUUCCAAAAAAAAAACCCCACACAUAACCCUGCUGGUUUUCACUAACUAACAUAAAACCUUGUGUAAUCAACAAUCAGAUCAACAAAAAGUGAGAAAAAUAGGAAAACUCAAAAAAUAUGUUCUGUCUUUGAGUGAUGCAAUGUGCAGACAUGCAUUUUAGGCAUUUUAGAAUUUGUUUCAUUUGAUUCUUCUGUACACUGGUCCUCAUUCAAGUCUCACAGUUAGGUAGUUGGGACAAUCUUUUGUUCUAUCCUCGUCAGUUUUGUUCCCACCACUUUGCUUUUGAGCUAGGAUACUGGUAGUUGGUGGUAUCUGAAUGGUUGUGCAUGUAUGUUCGUCCAGCCAGUCUCACUCCUCUUUUUCUAGUUCAGCAUAAUGUUGUGUGAAACGACUGCUAUCGCAUCCUCUACUUUCCAUCUUGUGUUCAGAAAGAUAAUAUAGGGAUGUUGAGAGUUUUUGAGUUGUGUAAGAAUUUGAGAGUUUAAUUUAAAUAGUUUGUUUGGACGACUUUCUGAAUGUGAAGUAGAGAAUGUGUGCAGCUUUUCUUCUAAAUAUCCCCAAAUUCCCCAUGUGUGAAAAGUUAUCAUAAAUGAGUCUGAUUUUUGAAUGGUGAUAGUCUUACAAAAGCUAGUAGUAGACUUAGUAUGGUUUGUGAGGCUAAAAUAAUACAAAAAAUCCUUUAAUAAAAAAAAAACAAAAAAAAAACAAAUCAGUUUUGUUGGAAAAAUACUAAUAAUCUACCUGAAAUGCAAUGCUGUAAAAGAAUUGGGGGGUAAAAAAAGAAAAAAAAGUUUUGUGUUUUGGGGUAAAGACCCAUCAUUAAAAGACAUGACUACAGCCAUUUCUGCAGACACCUGUGUUGCAACUGAAUGAAACUUUGUUUUAAUUUUUUGUAAUUUCUAUGGUACGGACUAUUGGUGCUAUAAAUAUGUUCAAAUUUUUUUUGAAGUUGCAGUUCCAUAAUAUGGCUGUGAUAAGUAGAUGGCAUAGCCUAGUUUUGUUUGUAGUCCAGACAGUCAGACUCCAUGAAUAUCUUUUUGCAAAAAUUGUGAAAAGAAGAAAAAAAAAAAGUUUAGCCUGAUCGCGGCUCUUGCUUAAUGUGGCUUGGUUUUUAUUUUAAGGUAACCUCUUAGUUGUGAGGCCUGCAACAACUGAAGCAGAAACACAUACAGAUGUUAAAUCUCACAUUGCUACACAUCAAUUCAGUCACUUGUUCCCAAGCAGAAAGGGCAAAGUCAACAUUGAUUUACGGUUAAAGCUACAAUUGGUAACUUGGCAAAAAGAAAAAAGGGGCAGAAUUUCAUGUAGACUGAAACUUAUUUCUCAACCUCCCCUUUCAAGAGUUUUCAAAAUGGGAGCCGAGUUGCAAAUCAUCUUAUUUUACAGCUAAACCAUACACUAAAAUAUAAUUUCUGAGAUUAGAAUUAGGCAAUGCAGUGCCAGAGUCUUUAUUCAUAUUUAAUAAGCCCUGCUGAGUUUGACAGUCUGACCCAAAGACUGUAUUUAAAGAUGGACGGCCUGACAGCUCCCCAAAAGUGAAGCAAAACAUAUUGGUUGCCCCCUGGUGGCUUGCUGCAGUAUAGGUCAUAAUUCCCGCUCCCUCUAUGUUAAUGGUAGGACAUGAGCCAAACUAAAAACCACAAAGUACACAUCAAAUAACAUUUUGCCAUUGAGGUUUUAGUUAUUUUAAGGGUUAGUUUGAUGCUAUAAAACGAAGGUGUAGCGUCAUGCUAGGAAGCUCACAUUGUGGUUUGAUUGGUUCAGGUGUGGUUUGGUCAGAAACUACAGGUGCAUCUCAAUAAUUUAGAAUAUCAUAUAUAUAUAUAUAUAUAUAUAUAUAUAUUUUUUUUUUUUUAUGUCAGUAAUUCAAUUCAAAAUAUGGAAACAACACAUUAUAUAGAUCCAUUACAUUUCUUCUAAAUAUAAUGACUAUGGCUUACAUUUAAUGAAGACCUAAAAUUCAUGCUCAAAAUGUUUAAUAAGUUAAAUUAAGUUUAAUAAUAAUUUUAAAAAAGUAUGUUUAAUAUCGAAAUGUUGGCCUCCGAAAAGUAUGUCUGUCUAUAUGACUCAAUACUUGGUUGGGGCUGUUUGACUUGAACUACUGGUAAUGGACUUCUCCAUCAUAUUCUAAUUUAUUGAGAUGCACCUGUAGAUACUGCAGCUUCACUUCUGGCUCCAAAUGACAUCAUUGGGGCAAGAUGGCAGCGGCCAUAUUUUGGCUUCACUUUUGUACAGUGGGAGGAAGUAGAGACGCGUUGUUCAUUGUUUAUUUAGCCUGUGGUUGACCGCAGUUCACUAGCAAUGACAUGAUUGACAGCUGCGUUAAAGACUGCUAGUAGGAGUCUCAGUGACAGUUUCAACAAAUAUGACAAAAACUUACUCAUAUAAAAGUUACCAACUGUAGCUUUAAUUGUCCCCAGCUGCAAAUUUAUAACAAAACAAGUGGCGGGGUGGUAGUCAAACCAAAAACAUGGCAUAAUUACACUAAGGUACAAAUGCUUUUUUUUUUUUUUCCUUACUUUUAAGAGGUGUGUUUUUUUUGGUUUACAAUAUAUCUUGAAAUAUUGAGUAAUGUCUCACUAUGUGUGUGUGUGUGUGUGUGUGUGCGUGUGUGUGUGUUGGCAACAGAACUUGUGAAGGCACUGGUUCAGAAUGAGUGUACUAAACUUUAUCUCAGAGAAACGUGAAUGUAUGCAGAGACAUACAUUCACAAAAAUACAAAUGCAUUAGUGCCCCCCUUAAUUUGAAACACACUCUGAACAAAUACGCUUGUAAAACCCUCGAGGUCUAACUCUUGCGGGCUGUGCUUUGAAACUCAAAUUAAGCAUCUGCAGAUAAAUGCAUUUCUUUAUACCUGUUGCUUUUAGUUCUUCCAGUUUAACUUCAAAACUUUAGGUUACAAGGACAGUUAGCAGGGUGACAGUAUUUGUCACAUACCAUGAAACUGAAGCACAGAAAUCAUCCCUCCAUUAAUGGGUAAUUCGAACGUUUCAGCAGUGUGAGCAGACUCUGUAAUGCACUGUCGCAGGUGAAGGUGUCUCAUGGCUUUGGAAAUGGCUUCCUUAUUUAAAAAAUGUAAAGAUUGUAUAUACAGGCCCACGGUUUGUUCAAUCCAAUGCCAGUUCAACUGAAAAAAGGACCCGUAAGUAGCUGAAUGAAGGUACUCCAACUUCAGGGUCUUGUCACCUUUCUUUGACAGUCAUCAGACACUCAGGAAUUUUUUAAUAAUAUAAGCAUAUUGCAUAAUCUACACUCAGACCUGUGACAGUGCAUUGAUGCAUUAAUGUAAAACCUUUCUUUGAUUGUAGAGAAGAUAUUAUCGACAGGAGUUCUUUGCAAGCAAACCACAGAGGUGACUGUCUUUAACUUAGAGCUAUAGUUUUAGGGGGGGGAAAAAAAAGAAUAAGCCAUUGUGGGUUGCAUAAGCAAUGUGGAGGGAAUUCAAGAGUCCUAUGCAAUACUUUGGCGCAUGUAAACAUCCAAGAAUAUAUGGAGAAAAGUCAUUCAGUUAAUUUUGCAUGUUGAUUACUUUUGAGUGAGGGACAUGUGAGGAGAAAAACAAAACAAACCAUGGACUGUCUCUGAAAAUGCAGCAUGCAAACAUCACACUCGUUUUUAUGUUGGAUUUUACAAAAAAAAUAUUUUUGAUUUAGAGAAAAAAAAAAAUAGCGAGGUUAAAAUCAGUGAUUGAAAGAAUGUUACGACUCUGAGUGAAUCUGUGAGUGAAUGCGUGCAAGAAGCGAAGUCACAAAAAGCACUUACAUGGGAGUUGAAAGGAAUGCAUCACACCUUUCUUCCUUUUGGAUUCUUCCUUUUUUGAUAGGCCGUGUUAAAACAAAAAAUAGAAAAAACGUGUGUGACGAGAUAAUGCAUUCAGUGAAGAUAUGUGCGUUUGGAAACGACACUGACAGGGUGGCUGAGUUCCGAUUGCACUGUGGUCUGAAGAACAUAUCCGGCACUGAAAACUUGAGUUUUCCUCGUCUUUUCAUUCC